UUCAUACUUCAUUCUCAAUCUUAUCAUUUAAAAUAAUUAAAUAGAUAAGUUAUAAAAUUUAAAUACAUUGCGUGUAAUUAUUGUAAUGCUUAAUGAUUAUUUACCGCUUGUUUUAUAAUUGUGAUAUUUAAAGCUAAACAAUUAUAACAAAUGAUGGCUACUUUAGGAGCUUUACAUUUAACAAAAAAUACAGGAGCAAAACAUACUGCAACAGUUAUAUUUUUUCAUGGUUCAGGUGCUUCUGGUGAACAUAUGCAGGAAUGGGUAAAUUUAAUGGCCAAAAAUUUUUCUUUUCCCCAUAUUAAAAUUCUGUAUCCAACAGCCCCACUGCAACCUUACACUCCUGCAGGAGGGUUAAUGAGCAAUGUUUGGUUUGAUCGUAUCGAUAUAAGUAAAAAAGUUCCAGAGAUAGAAAAAUCACUGAAAAACAUUGAGGUGCAUGUCAGAAAUUUAAUUAAAAGUGAAAAUGAUGUUGGUAUACCAAACAAUAGAAUCAUAGUUGGUGGUUUUUCAAUGGGUGGAGCGUUAGCCCUUCACACAGCAUAUAGAUGGGAAUCUAACUUAGCUGGAGUGUUUGCAUUUAGUUCCUUUCUCAAUGAUAAUUCUGUUGUAUAUAAAGAACUUACAGAAUCACAAAAGGAUGUACCUCUUCUUCAAAUACAUGGAGAUAUUGAUGACCUAGUGCCUAUUUCUUGGGGAAAAAAUACAUUUAACGAGCUGCAAGCUCUUGGAGUACAAGGAGAGUUUCACAUUAUGGAGAGGUUGGGACACUCAUUGAACAAAAAAGGGUUACAUAUUAUAAAGGAUUGGAUAGAAAAGUUGUUGCCUAACUCAUAGUGAUAAACACAUGUUUUUCUAUUUGUUAUUUUUUAGACUGAAUUGAAAUAAAAACAAAAACCUGGCUAUAUAAAAUAUC